ACAGGACCCAUCUUUCACUCUUAUUCACAGACUUUGAUAGUCUGGUAUUUGUUCCUUCCUUUACUUUCCCAGCUUCUCAAACUUCUAGCUUCUCACCACACCCUUGACCACUCGCUCUCCCUUCUUAAGGGUUUUUUUCCCUCUCGCCAUUUUCUUAAUCAACUCUGACCUGUUCGUUCGAUCUCUCCCAAGCGAGAAACCCACAUUCAUUUCAAUACACUUUAUAUCUCCCGGUGAGAUCUACAACUAAGAAAUGUCGUCUCCAAUUCAUAAAUAUCUUUUCUCACCACCACCUUCUCCACCAUCUCUUUCAAACGUUCGAAAACCGAAUUUCACACCUUUGAACAUAUCUUCUUCUUUAGAAACCCAACUUUGUUCUCCACGUACACCUCAAAACUUUAACGGAGGGUUCACAUUGGAUACUAUAUUCCCUUCUCCAUACAACCAACCCGUAUUUGGACCUAUCUUACGUACUCCGAAAUCUUCACGAUUCCCUUAUCCUUCCAUAACGAUUUCCGAACCUCACUUUUCACAAAAUGAAGAGGAUGAAACGGAAAACGUCGGUUUAAUAACUCCUAAAGCUACAACUCAAAUAAAGAAGGAAGAUCAAAGUUUUACACCUAAAACUCGUUCGAUAUCUAAAGAUUUGGAGAAAAGUCUUAAUUCAACGACAAAUGUAAACGUACCUUCUACUACAUUACCUAUCCCACAUACUUUACCAAGACCACUUUUACGUUUGUUGUUAUUGGGUGGUACGGUAUUAGCUUGUGUUUUAAUGUUGGUUCUUGUUCCUGGUGCUAGAUUACCAAGUUUGAAAGUCGCAAGCGUUACUAGAAGGUUGAAAUUGGAUAAUGAUGGAAGAGCUUAUUUGGAUGUUGCUAGAGGUGGUGUGAAAUGGGAGGAAGAGUAUGUACCACCGCAAGUUAAAGUUAGGUAUAUGAUGAGACGUUCGACAGGGGUUGUACCCACAAAACGUACAUUUCACCAACCUCAACCCCUUCCUGAAACCCACGAAUUCCUAGCACUUCAAUCUUAUCUACUUCAAUCAUCUUACGCGUCUUUACCACAUACCAUCGACCCUUCUGAACCUUUAGACGCAAAUGUUUUAUUAGGUCUUAACAAACCUUUAGUCUCUUCCACACCUCACUCACAUUCUUCCUAUUCCUCCCAUCCUACCGAGUCUUCCGAUUCUCUCGAUUCUUCCAACUCGCCUACGUCUUCCAACAUUGCCCACUCGAUCAUUUCGUCCGAUUCUUCAGAUUUGUUAAAUCAGUUUGAACAAUCUGAUGUGGCAAACUCAAAUCUAGGUCUAUCACUCUCUACAGAACUUAUCAAUCUAGAAUCUGAACGAGCCAACGAUGUAGUGAUAUGGUAUGGUCUUUCCUCUUCCUCUUCUUCAAGAUCUUCAUCUACAUCUUUGAAAUCAUCCGACAUGAAGAAACAACCACCAAAAGAGAUAAUGAACCUUUUAUCGAAAUAUCAUAAAGGUUCACGUCGACCAACUCUUUUAUCAUGUCACGAUAGAGGAGAUUUACCUUUAUUAAGAUCUAUUUUGGUUAGAUUAGGUUUAGAAAAAAGUUUGAAAGAUGAUUUAGUCGUUGUUAUUGGGAAUAAACCUGUUUACUUGUCUGAGGAGAUGUUCCAAAUUUCUUCUAACGAUAAUGGGAAUCAAAUACCCAAAAAUGAUAAAAACAGAGUUGAGACAGUUGAGAAAAUUGGGUUUGAUGAGAAAUUAGGAUCAAAGGGAAAGACGGGAGAGAUGGAGUUGAUAGGUAAAGAAAGAUUAGAAGAAAUGUUGAAAGAAAUUGGUUGGGUAAAAGAACAACCUAAGAAAAAAUUGAAUUUCGCAAUUUUGAAAAAGAAGAUAUCACAAGGAGAUUUAGAGAUGUUAUAGGUUUUUUUUCCUUUCUUCUUUGAUACUACUACUUUAACAAUCGUCAUCUUAGUGGUGAUAUCUUUGUGUGGCUUUUGUUUUUUACUUGACGUACUUUAUAGGUAUAUGGCGUUGGUAGAUGUUUCUUUCAUCAGCGCUGGACGCUGGACGCUGGGUUGGACGAUGGAAAUAGUCAUGCUUAUUAGAAUAUGAAUUUGGACAAUUUCCCA